CGGGAGCCGAGAGGGGGCAGCAGGCGAUGGCGGCGGCGGCGGUGGGUCGGCUAGGCUGGUUGCUCUCUGCGCUCUGCCUGGGCACUGCCGCCGGGGAGGUAGCGCCGGACCCGCGAGUGCUGGGCGUCUGUCUGGAGGAGGACGGAGUCGCGGACGCUGGGUGGGUGCGCGAAGGGGAGGUGCGGGCCGCGCCAGAGGCCACCUUCCGCUUGCGCCUCUUUGGCUUGGGCUUCGCCAACAGCUCCUGGUCCUGGGUGGCCCCUGAGGGGGCGGGCUGCCCCGAGGGCGGGCCGGCCGCAGCGCCCGACGAGGCAGCGGCCCCCACGGGCGAGUGGCGCGCGCUGCUGCGCCUGCGCGCCGAGGCCGGGCGCCCGCAGUCGGCUCCGCUUGCGGUGCGCGGGGAGCCGGGCGGCGGGGCUGCCGGGGAGGCUUCGGCCCCGACGGGCGAGUGGCGCACGCUGCUGCGCCUGCGCGCCGAGGCCGUGCUCCCGCACUCGGCGCUGCUGGCUGUGCGCGUGGAGCCGGGCGGCGCGGCGGCCGAGGAGGCGGCGCCGCCCUGGGCGCUGGGCCUGGGGGCUGCAGGGCUGCUGGCGCUGGCGGCGCUGGCACGGGGCCUGCAGCUGAGCGCGCUGGCGCUGGCGCCGGCCGAGGUGCAGGUGCUGCGUGAGAGCGGCUCGGAGGCGGAGCGUGCGGCGGCGCGGCGCCUGGAGCCCGCGCGACGCUGGGCCGGCUGCGCCCUGGGCGCUCUGCUGCUGCUGGCUAGCCUGGCGCAGGCGGCUCUGGCGGUGCUUCUGUACCGCGCGGCGGGGCAGCGCGCGGUGCCCGCCGUGCUGGGCAGCGCGGGGCUCGUGUUCCUGGUGGGCGAGGUGGUGCCGGCCGCCGUGAGCGGGCGUUGGACGUUGGCACUGGCGCCGCGCGCGCUGCUCCUCAGCCGCCUGGCGGUGCUGCUCACCCUGCCCGUGGCGCUGCCGGUGGGUCAAUUACUGGAGCUGGCGGCGCGGCCCGGGCGGCUGCGUGAGCGCGUGCUGGAGCUGGCGCGCGGUGGCGGCGACCCCUACAGCGAUCUCAGCAAGGGCGUGCUGCCGAGCCGGACCGUGGAGGAUGUGCUCACGCCCCUCGAGGACUGCUUCAUGCUGGACGCCAGCACCGUGCUGGACUUUGGCGUCCUGGCCAGCAUCAUGCAGAGCGGGCACACGCGCAUCCCCGUGUACGAAGAGGAGCGCUCCAACAUCGUGGACAUGCUCUACCUCAAGGACUUGGCCUUCGUGGACCCCGAAGACUGCACACCGCUCAGCACCAUCACUCGCUUCUACAACCACCCACUCCACUUCGUCUUCAAUGACACCAAACUGGACGCCGUCCUGGAGGAAUUCAAGCGAGGGAAGUCCCACCUGGCCAUCGUGCAGAAGGUGAACAACGAGGGCGAAGGUGACCCCUUCUACGAGGUGCUGGGCCUGGUCACCCUGGAGGACGUCAUCGAGGAGAUCAUCAAGUCUGAGAUCCUGGACGAGUCUGAAGACUACCGAGACACCAUGGUGAAGAAGAAGCCUGCUUCUCUGAGUGCUCCUCUCAGGGCAAAGGAGGAAUUCUCCUUGUUCAAGGUGUCUGACAAUGAAUAUAAAGUGAAAAUCUCGCCUCAGCUGCUCUUGGCCACCCAGCGCUUCCUUUCCCGAGAGGUGGAUGUAUUCAGCCCACUGCGGAUCUCCGAGAAGGUCCUGCUGCACCUGCUGAAGCAUCCCAGCGUCAACCAGGAAGUGAGGUUUGAUGAGAACAACCGCCUGGCUGUGCACCAUUACCUGUACCAGCGCAGCCAGCCAGUGGAUUACUUCAUCCUCAUCCUGCAGGGCAGGGUGGAGGUAGAGAUUGGGAAAGAGGGCCUGAAGUUUGAGAACGGGGCCUUUACCUACUAUGGAGUGUCUGCCCUGACGGCGCCGUCCUCCGUCCACCAGUCCCCGGUGUCCUCGCUCCAGUCCAUCCGCUACGACCCGCCGCCUGAGCCCGCCGAUGGCACCCGCUUGUCUGCGUAUUGUCCUGACUACACCGUGAGGGCCCUCUCUGACCUGCAGUUCAUCAAGGUCACGCGGCUGCAGUACCUCAACGCACUCCUGGCUACCCGAGCCCAGACCCUGCCGCCGUCCCCUGAGAAUGCGGACCUUCAGGCCAUCCCAGGCAGCCAGACCAGGCUCCUCGGUGACAAGACAGCCACCACCGCAGCCUUCCCAGUAGACCUUUCCCUCUUUGGCACAUUUGGAAACUGCAGUUGAUAAUUGACUGUGGAGUAAUGAGCAUUUUUGUUUUAAGAACACACCCAAGGGUCCAACCACAGCAGACCCGGCCUCCCAGCGGAGGAGAGCCCAGGGCGGAACCCAGGAGUUUAACGCUUGCCAGGCCGCCCCAGGCCUGGGGAACGGACAAGCACGUGGGGAACUGGAGCGGCUUCCUGCCAGCCUGUCCCCACCACUGCAGGCCACGUUUUAGGUGGCCCUCGUAGGUGCGGUCCUGGCUGUCCUCAGAACCAGACGUCAGUGCCAGGAGCCUUCAGCAGGUCCUGCCCCCCUUCGGGAGAUGGGGGUCAGCCAGGGCCCAGCCCCGAGUCUGCUUCCGACGGGAAUGAAAGGAACAGCGUCAUCUCCAGUCCCCAGGGCCCAGCCUCCCUGUGACAGUGCAGUGUGUUUAUACCUCUUCCGGCCAAGCCACAAUGUGAGUCCACGAUUACCACCUCUGUGUGGCGGUGACCUGUACUCUCUCUGCUUCUAAGUUGCCAACCUGCUGCAGGCAGCACUUUUUGAUCAAACCAAGAGCACCAGUUUGGGCUGGGGGUUCACAUCCAUGGCCUUCGCCACUCACUGGUGACCUUUUUGGCUUCCCACACAAUGCCGUGCUUCAGAGCUCACACCCAGCCUGUCCCUUGUGCCAAACUGACAAGCUGGUCUGUCCUAGCAGUCCCGCUCCCUCCUGUGGAGGUGGCUUUCCCGACCCCUUCCCUGGCCCUGAGUGAGCGUGCUGGCCCCGGCAGGACUGGGGAGCGCGCUGCCACUCCCGCGCCUGCCUUGCUUUGUCACCACUGACAGUAUUGUCAUUUUCUGUGUUUCAAGAAGAGGUCACACGUGGGAGAAAGUUGCACCUAAUCCAUUUUUGUUGUCAGAUUCCAGGGAGGGUAACCACCUUUUGACCUGUUUUGUACCUUCCUGUGAGGCCCAGGGGGGUGCUGUGUGGUGUAAGGUGCCUGGACAGCAGCGAGGGAGGCGGGGGCUGGUUGUGGACCAGGUAGAUCCCCAUCACCUUGUUUAGAGAAAAGAACAUGAAAUCAGAGUUCUCUGAAACAUUUCAGGCUCUUUGCUUUCUUGCUUUUCUAGCUCUGGGGUUUAAGAGAAGUGGGAACAGGAAGGCAUUUGUCUUGUCUUCUGGUUCACCUAAAUUCACCUUCCACGGUGCUGCAGCUGCCUAGGAACCGGGGCAUCACAGGGAUCUAGGAUAGAGAGGGACUUUUCUCAGAGGAAUUUGGGUCCUUAUCCAGGAUCAGUGGGAAGGUGGGCCAAAAAGCAAUGGCGUGCUCGUUUAGAAAUUGUUCUCAAGGAAUUCUCUCCAAGAGCAAACCCAGGUGGGAAACAGAUACUUUAAAAUGAUCUCUCUCCAGAACAGUGGUUCUUAACCUUGGCUGCACGUUGAAAUCACAUGGCAAAUUAAAAAUACUGAUACCUGCCCCCCCAACCCAAAGGGGUCCUGAUUUAAUCAGUCUGGGCGUCAGGGUUUUAUGCUUUGAAAUAAUUUUAGAUACACAGACGAUUUCCAUAUGUUAUUCACACCAGCUUCCCUGAAAUGUUCAUAUCUUCCAUAACUUCGUUACACUUACUAAAACUAAAAAAUUAAUGUUGGUACAAACCAUUAACUAAAUUACAGGCUGUCUUGAAUUUUUACCGUUUUUUUUUUUUCCAGUAAUACCCCUUUUCUGUUGCAGGAUCCAGUCCAGGAUAGCAAGUUGCAUUUAGAGCUAUUCCUGCCACCCUCCCUACCCCCCGUCCCAACUAACUUUAUUUUGAAAUAAUUAGAGUUGUAGGAAGUUGCAAAGAUAGAGGACCCAUGUACUCUUCACCAGUUUUCCUCAACGGUUACAUCUUACUUACCAUACAGUACCAAAACCAGAACUCAGACACUGCCACCAUGUGGUGUGUAGUUCUGUAGCAUCUUACCACCUGUAGAUUUGUGUAACCACCACUGCAGUCUAGAUGCAGAACUGUUCCCUCACCACACGUUAUCUCCCUCCCACCACCCUGUUAGAACCACACCCACCCCCUCCGGCCACUAUCCUUAAUCCCUGGCAACCACUAAUCUGUUCAUCAUCUCUAUAAUUUUGUCAUUUCCAGAAUGUUAUGUAAAUGGAAUCCUACAGUAUGUAACCAAUGGGACUGGCUUUUUUCACUCAGCAUAAUGUUCUGGAGACUCAUCUAGGCUGUUGCAUGUGUCAGUCGCUCAUUCCCUUUUUAACUGCUGUGUGGUAUUCCAUUGUAUACUCACUGUCUCGUUUAAGGACAUCUGGGUGGUUUCCAGUUUUUGGCUAUUCCCAAAUAAAGCUGCUAUGAACAUUCA